UGGAUUAUUAAAAAAGGUCAGACAAGGUCAUCAUACACGUGGGACCAGUCGUAGCUCACGUGCAGGAUUUAUAGAUCUCUAAACACUUCACUCCCCAUUUCCCCUCCGCCAUUCCUCUGCUUUCUCCUCCUCCUCCUCCACCUCCACCCAUAAUGGCCGCCGUCAAAAAAAAGCUUCUCGUCAACUUCACCUCCGUCGACAUUGGCUGUGGAAGUUGCCGGAAGCCCAAAUCCAUUCUCUCACAGAUUUUCCGCCCCAAGCCCAAGUCGCCAAACUCCAAUUCCGACCGCCGUCUCUUCCGCUCGCCCUCGAGUUUUUCCGACAAGAAGCUUAGCGACGUCGACAUGGCGUAUGGCUCUGAGGUUGUCCGUAACGAGUCGUGGAAAAUCGGUGGCGUGAGCGUGGCGGUGGAGAAGGAUUCCAACGAUCCGUAUGUGGAUUUCCGGCAAUCGAUGUUGCAAAUGAUUUUGGAAAACGAAAUUUACACUCAAGAAGGGCUUCGAGAGCUUCUUAGCUGUUUUCUUCAUCUCAAUUCGCCUUGUAACCAUGGGAUUAUAAUUCGAGCUUUUGCCGAGAUCUGGGACGGCGUAUCCUGUGGCAGAUCGACGGCGGCUAGAAAACAGAGACGCGCCUUGUAACCGUCGCCUCAUCAUGGCUUCGCAUUUCUCGAUCAGUAGCACAAGGCAAACACAGUUUAAAGAAGAUGAUGAUAAGUUUGUAUGAACAGUGAAGAACAGAGCUGCACAGAUUGAGAUGCAGAA